AAACACAGUCAAUUGAAAUUGACACUCGUAUGCUCUGAAACUGCUGAUUAUGAUUCGCAAUAUCCCCCAUUGGAGAGUAUAAUUACACCUUCAUAAUCUCCUCAAAUUCGAUUCUUGAAGAAAUAGGCGGCAACCACAUUCAUCGACUUCAUGAUCUGCUGUUUUGCACUCAACGCCGGUGGAUGGUGGUGAAAUCGGAAAUAUUUUUCUCGAAAUUGCUCGGGCCGGCGGUGGGGGAGGUCUAGAGUGACUGUGUGAGCUGCUUUCCAUUACACACACCAGUUUUUAUUGUUUUUUGACAUUAGGAAAACCCACAGAUAGUCGGUUUUUUGGAUUUUUCUGGUAUUGGGUUUUGAUCGGAUUUCGAUUUUUUUACCUCAGGAAUCCUCUCUCUCUCCUCUUGGGUUUGUCUGGGUCUGUUUCUGUAGGGAUAAUCACGCAAGGAAGAAGAAGAAAACAAAAAAAAGGUGAGAGGAGAGAGAAGGGGGGAGAGAAAUUAUAUAAGUUUUUUGUUGUUGAUAGUCCGUGUUGGAUUUGAAGAUGAAGGUGAUCUUUGUCUUCAUUUGCUAAUUUCUCUGCAGUUUGAUUUUAGUCUUUUUCUUUAGAAUGCCCCCCAUCUGUUUGAUUCAUUGCCACAUGGUCUAAUGCUCUUGCCACGAUUGAAAUCAAUCUUACUAUUAAAUCACUCACUGUUUUCAUCGUCUUGAUUCCAUUCCCAAUCCCAAUUCCAAUUUUAAAAACCAUCUUGAUAGUCUUCACUGAGAUUAAUGAUUCCUAUGAUAAUGGGUAUGAAACUCAUGGGUUCUGACAAAGCUUUGAGGGUCUUGGAGCUCACUGCAACUGGGUUCAAUUUGACAUUGAUGGUCCUUUCAGUUUUGAUUGUUUUCGGGAGAAAGAUUGCGGUUUAUGUUCGUCGAAAUAGGGUCAGGAAAGAGGACGCAGAUGAGGUUGGGAGUAGGGUUUCCUUGAUCAGUGAUAAUGGAAGAGUUGGAGCUGCUGUAGAAGCUGAAUUUCUCAAUGUCGAAAUCGGUAAAGCUUAUAAAGCAUCAGUUUAUUGUUGCUUUUAUGUUCUACUUCUACAGACUGUGGUUUUGUGUUAUGAUAGUGUUUGUUUGAUUACAAAAUCUGCACAAUGGGAAAAGGGUGUGAAUUGGGAACCUCUGUUGUUGCCUGGAGCCCAGUUUUUAGCCUGGUUUCUUUUGACCUUUUCGACACUUAAUUGUAAGGCAAAAACCCUUGAAAGAUUCCCAUUACUUAUGAGGGUAUGGUGGGUUACUUCUUUUAUCAUCAGUUUAUGUACCCUUUAUCUUGAUGGGAAGGAAUUUGCAAUUGAAGGCUCAAAACACCUGAAUUCUCAUCUUUUAGCUAAUCUUGCAGCCACCCCAGCUCUUGGUUUUCUGUGUUUUGUUGCUUUAAGAGGUGUUACGGGUAUUCGUGUUAUUGGUUCUGAUCUUCAAGAACCAUUGUUGGUUGAAGAAGAUGCAGGAUGUCUUAAAGUCACUCCAUAUAGUGAGGCUGGUCUCUUUAGUUUGGCCACAUUAUCGUGGCUAAACUCUCUUCUUUCCAUCGGUGUAAAGAGACCACUCGAGCUUAGAGACAUCCCACUUCUUGCUCCAGAAGAUCGCUCAAAGUUCAAUUACAAGAUUCUAAAUUCGAAUUGGGAAAGAUUAAAGGCUGAAAGUGUCGAAAACCAACCUUCUUUAGCCUGGGCUCUACUUAAGUCUUUCUGGAAAGAAGCAGCCAAGAAUGCCAUUUUUGCAGGAUUAUACACUCUUGUAUCAUACGUAGGCCCCUAUAUGAUCACUGAUUUCGUUGAUUUCUUGAGUGGAAUUGAAAGAUUCCCUCAUGAAGGUUAUGUUCUUGCUGGUGUGUUCUUUGUAGCUAAAUUGAUUGAAACUUUAACCACCCGCCAGUGGUAUCUUGGUGUCGAUAUUCUAGGAAUGCAUGUGAGAUCAGCUCUCACAGCCAUGGUUUACCGAAAGGGACUCAGGCUUUCUAGUUCAGCUAGACAAAGUCACACCAGUGGCGAAAUCGUAAAUUACAUGGCGGUCGAUGUACAAAGGGUAGGGGAUUACGCUUGGUAUCUACACGACAUUUGGAUGCUACCUAUGCAGAUCAUUCUUGCACUUGCAAUUCUUUAUAAAAGUGUCGGUAUUGCCUGUAUUGCAACGUUAAUCGCCACCAUUCUAUCAAUAGUCAUAACAAUCCCUCUAGCAAGAGUCCAAGAACUUUACCAAGAUAAAUUAAUGGCUGCCAAAGAUGAUAGAAUGAGGAAGACGUCUGAAUGUCUUAGAAAUAUGAGGAUUCUUAAAUCGCAAGCGUGGGAAGAUAGGUAUAAAGUGAGGCUGGAAGAAAUGAGAAGUGUUGAAUUCAAGUGGCUUAAGAAGGCUUUAUAUUCACAGGCAUUCAUCACUUUCUUUUUCUGGAGCUCGCCCAUUUUCGUGGCUGCGGUCACUUUUGGAACUUCAAUCUUGAUCGGUGGUCAGCUAACAGCUGGAGGGGUUCUUUCGGCUUUAGCCACUUUCAGGAUCCUCCAAGAACCGCUUAGGAAUUUCCCUGAUUUGGUUUCGAUGAUGGCUCAAACAAAAGUGUCACUUGAUAGAAUCACGGGUUUCUUACAGGAGGAAGAGUUGCAAGAAGAUGCAACUAUUGUAUUACAAAGAGGCAUGUCGAAUAUGGCAAUAGAAAUCAAAGAUGGCGAAUUCCAGUGGGAUGCAUCUGCUCCAAGGCCAACGUUAUCUGGUAUUCAGAUGAAAGUUGUGAGAGGGAUGCGUGUGGCAGUCUGUGGCAGCGUCGGGUCCGGGAAAUCUAGCUUUCUUUCUUGCAUUCUUGGUGAAAUUCCCAAAAUCUCUGGUGAAGUGAGAAUAUGUGGGUCUGCAGCUUAUGUAUCUCAGUCAGCAUGGAUACAAUCAGGAAAUAUAGAAGAAAACGUUCUAUUCGGUAAUGCAAUGGAUAAGGCAAAGUACAAAAGAGUACUUCAUGCAUGUUCACUUAAAAAAGAUUUGGAGCUUUUCUCACACGGGGAUCAAACCAUCAUCGGUGAUCGAGGCAUAAACUUGAGCGGUGGCCAGAAACAAAGGGUACAGCUAGCCAGAGCACUUUAUCAAGAUGCGGACAUUUAUCUACUUGAUGAUCCAUUCAGUGCCGUGGAUGCACACACUGGAUCAGAACUUUUUAAGGAAUACAUAUUGACAGCAUUGGCUGCUAAGACAGUAGUUUUUGUAACUCACCAAGUCGAAUUUCUUCCGGCUGCUGACUUGAUUCUGGUUCUUAAAGAAGGCCAAAUCAUUCAGGCUGGAAAAUACGAUGAACUUUUGCAAGCGGGAACUGACUUUAACACUUUGGUUUCAGCUCACCAAGAAGCAAUUGAAGCCAUGGAUAUCUACAAUCAUUCUGAUGAUGAGUCAGAUGGUCACCAUCCUCUCGAUGGAUCGAUAACAAAUUGUGAGUCAGUUGGAACCAGUAUGGAUGCCAUGGCAAAGGUUCCUAAUGAAAAUGCAUCCAUUUCAGACCACAAAGCCAUCAAAGAGAAAAAGAAAGCAAAACGUUCACGAAAAAAACAGCUAGUUCAAGAAGAGGAAAGGGAACGUGGGAAGAUUAGCAUGAAGAUUUAUCUAUCAUAUAUGGCUGCAGCGUAUAAGGGUUUAUUGAUUCCACUUAUUAUCAUUGCCCAAAUUUUAUUUCAGGGGCUUCAGAUUGCUAGUAACUGGUGGAUGGCUUGGGCUAAUCCACAAACAGAAGGGGACACAGCUAGAGUUAGUAAUUUAGUGCUAAUUGCAGUUUAUAUGGCCCUUGCUUUUGGAAGCUCGUGGUUUAUAUUUGUUAGGGCAGUUUUGGUAGCUACAUUCGGUCUAGCUGCUGCACAGAAACUGUUUCUGAAAAUGCUUAUUAAUGUCUUUAGGGCACCUAUGUCGUUCUUUGACUCUACUCCAGCAGGGCGGAUACUGAAUCGUGUAUCCGUUGAUCAAAGUGUUGUUGAUCUUGACAUUCCUUUUAGACUUGGGGGAUUUGCUUCGACCACGAUCCAACUUCUUGGUAUAGUCGGGGUAAUGACUCAGGUUACAUGGCAAGUGCUGCUUCUUAUUGUCCCAAUGGCAAUCGCGUGCUUGUGGAUGCAGAAAUACUACAUGGCUUCAUCAAGGGAGUUGGUCCGAAUUGUUAGCAUCCAGAAAUCUCCGAUCAUCAAUCUUUUUGGAGAAUCCAUUGCCGGAGCAGCCACAAUUCGAGGUUUUGGACAAGAAAAAAGGUUCAUGAAGAGGAACCUCUAUCUUCUUGAUUGCUUUGCUCGCCCGUUCUUCUGUAGCAUUGCAGCUAUUGAAUGGCUCUGCCUACGCAUGGAGUUGAUAUCAACCUUCGUAUUUGCUUUCUGUCUGGUUUUGUUAGUCAGUUUUCCCCGUACAGCUAUAGAUCCUAGUAUGGCGGGUCUGGCUGUAACUUAUGGCCUGCAACUGAAUGCUCGUUUAUCACGGUGGAUACUUAGCUUUUGCAAGCUUGAAAACAAGAUUAUUUCCAUAGAGAGAAUUCAUCAAUAUUGCCACAUUCCUAGUGAAGCCCCUCCUAUCAUCGAAGGAAGUCGUCCCCCGCCCUCAUGGCCCGAAGAAGGAAAAAUUGAAAUUACAGAUUUGAAGGUUCGUUAUAAGGAAAAUCUUCCUGUGGUGCUCCGUGGCGUGACAUGCGAAUUUCCAGGAGGGAAGAAGAUUGGGAUCGUUGGACGUACAGGAAGUGGUAAAUCGACUUUGAUUCAGGCACUGUUUCGACUCAUUGAACCAGAAAGUGGCCGAAUUAUUAUAGAUAAUAUUGAUAUUUCAUCCAUUGGUCUACAUGAUCUACGUGGCCGGCUUAGUAUCAUUCCGCAAGAUCCUACCUUAUUUGAAGGGACCAUCAGGGGCAACCUUGAUCCCCUUGAAGAACAUUCGGAUCAAGAAAUCUGGGAGGCACUCGAUAAAUCUCAACUUGGAGAUACAGUUCGCGAGAAGGAGCAAAAGCUCGAUGCACCAGUUUUAGAAAAUGGCGAUAAUUGGAGUGUGGGUCAACGACAGCUUGUUUCACUUGGCAGGGCCUUGCUGAAACAGGCUCGAAUCUUGGUGCUUGAUGAAGCUACUGCUUCAGUUGAUUCAGCCACCGAUAAUCUAAUCCAGAAGAUCAUCCGUCAAGAAUUUAAGGACUGUACUGUCUGUACCAUUGCUCACCGAAUCCCUACUGUCAUCGACAGUGAUCUGGUCCUUGUUCUUAGUGAUGGGCAAGUUGCAGAAUUUGAUUCUCCAAUUCGACUAUUAGAAGAUAAGUCAUCCAUGUUCUAUAAGUUGGUGACGGAAUACUCAUCUAGAUCAAGUGGCAUCCCGGAUUUCUGAUACAAAUGGCAUGCACAAAAAGACACCCUUCCAUGAAGAACCGAAGAAGUGGGACCCACGAAAACACGUGCAGGAAUCAAAACUUGAGCCUACUUCUGUUUCUCGCGCUUAAUAUUGAUCAAACUGGUGCCAAAAGAGGUACAUGCCACAAACAGGUACACCCCCCAUGAGCAAAUUCACUAUGAAUCUUGUGAUGCACAUGUUGUUGACAUAUUUUGUAACAUAAAUAAUCUGGGACCCGGAAGAAAGUCGGAAUUUUUUUGGUAAUAAUUAGUGAAAACGAGCAACGGUUAACAUCUUCUUUCUAUCAAAUGCAAUAAAUCAGGUUCUUUUUUAGGAUGAUUAUUGUUAAAGUUCUUUAGGAUUGUUCUUCAGAAUGGUGUGUUCUGAUGAAGUUUCAGUGAUCAUCAAAUGCUUUCUAAUGAUUUUUUUGACUUUUGGAAAGUUGUCUCCGACCGAGAAUUUGAUUGAAGCGAUAUCCAUUCAUCGUUAAAAGUGGUCGGUUUUCGGUCGUUUUGUUUUGUUUGUAUGUAAAUACGUCGAUGGCAUUUGCUUGCGGAUAGCGCGAUAAUUGAGUAGUUUUUGUUAGAGAUAUGAACAGUUUUGACUUUUAUUUGAAUGUGGUUUUACACAA